CUAGUGUGAAAAAAAUCAGGUGUUUUAUACACAAAAGUCUGCAAUUCUUCUUUUGAAAUAGUCUGAUCAACUUUUCAAUUGAAAACAGACUUAGAAACCUCUUAAUUGAAACAGUCUGACCAACUUUUCAAUUCAAAAGAGUUUAAUAAAUAUCUCAAUUGAAUUAGUCUGACCAACUUUUCAUUGAGUAAGAACAAUGAGUUCAAAAGUACACUCAGUUGAUGUGGAAAAAGAUGCUUUCUCAAAUGCUAUUCCUGAGAUUGAAAUUCUGAAGAGAAGAAAGAAAGAAGAGAUAGAGAAACAACAAGUUCUUGAAAUACAGAAACUUGAAAAAGCAAGUAAAAUUCUUGAAAAGCAGUGUCUGAGUGAGAUGAAUGAAGAAGUUCUGUUAAUUCUUCAUGCUCAGGCUAGACAACUACAGAAAGUGAUCAAGUUCAAACUUGGAAUUUCAAACACAGUUCAAAAAACUUUGAAAAUUUCUAAUACAAUCACUGACUCUUCAGUUUGCUCUUCUUUCUUUUCUACUUCUUCUUCUUCUCCUUCUUUGAAUCAGAAGAAAACAUAUGCUCAAGCAGCUGAAUCUGCUGUCUCUAAAUCUGCUGUCUCUAAACCUAAUGUCUCAAAACCUGCUCAAAAUUCUGAGAAAACUGAGAAGAAUACUGCUCAUGCCUCUAUUCAUAGAAAAGUGAAAAAGAAAAUGCAAAAAGAGAAAAACUUCCAAAUCUCCAGAAAUAGAAGACUUAUUCUCAAAGUCUCAAAUCAGGACAUUCUGCAAAGAAACAAGCUAAACUCAAAUCUCAUUUUCAGAAUCAGAAAUGAAAUUAACCAGCAGUUCUUUUCUCAGUUAAUGACUGAUAUUGAAGUUCAAAAACCAGUUAUAGCUUCAAUUGAAUCAUCAUUCUUUGAAAACUCCAUCAUUCUGACUACAAUGCCUGAAUUCAGUGCUGAAUUCCUUAUUCAGAAUGAGAAUCUCUGA